CAUUUGUGGAAAACGAAGCAAGCAGACGCAAACACCACCUUCGCGAGCCGCUGCGCCGAGGCGCUUACCAGUCAAGAACGCUCGCACUGACAUCCAGGUUCAUGGCGCCUUUCGAUCUCGACGCUUGUAUCGAGCAACUACUACGGAAACAGCUGCUGCACGAAGCACUUCUGCGGGAAAUAUGCGAGAAGACGAAAGAGGUGCUCAUGAGGGAGUCCAAUGUGGUGCAUGUUAGUGCACCUGUUACAGUGGUCGGCGACAUCCAUGGUCAGUUCUAUGACCUUAUUGAAAUCUUCCGCAUAGGCGGAUUUGCACCUCACACGAACUACCUCUUCCUCGGCGACUAUGUCGAUCGCGGACUCUUCAGCGUCGAGACAAUAUCCCUCCUCACGUGUCUCAAGCUACGAUACCCCGACCGCGUCCAGUUGAUUCGAGGGAAUCACGAGUCGCGUGCCGUUACGCAAACUUAUGGCUUCUAUACCGAAUGCGUCCGCAAAUAUGGGACAUCCCACGUAUGGACGUACUUCACCGACAUGUUUGACUUCCUCACGCUCUCGGUGGUCAUUGAUGAUCGAAUAUUUUGCGUCCACGGCGGUUUGUCGCCGUCCAUACAUUCCAUCGACCAAAUAAAGGUCGUUGACAGAUUCCGAGAGAUUCCCCAUGAAGGCCCGAUGGCGGACCUGGUAUGGUCUGACCCGGACCCAGAGAAGGAGGACUUUGCAAUAUCUCCUCGCGGUGCAGGCUAUACCUUUGGCUCAGGAGUCGUCUACAAAUUCCUCGAGACCAAUAACAUGUCGCACAUCUUGCGCGCACACCAACUCUGCAUGGAAGGUUACUCAUCACUAUUCGAUAAACACCUCUCCACGGUAUGGUCCGCGCCGAACUACUGCUAUCGGUGCGGCAAUUCGGCGAGCAUAUUGGAAGUAGGGCCGGGAGAAGCGAUGUACUUCAAUGUCUUCCACGCAGCGCCGGAGAAUGAGCGGGACGGGCCCAGCCAACAAGCGGCUCAAAAUGCAGGUGGCAAGCUGCCUGAGUAUUUCCUGUAAAUUAUGCUAGGAUUCAUACCCGGUCGUCGUGCAACAGUAUUGUAUCAACACGUCCAUCUAUACAUAGAGCCACCGGCUGUGCUUGUAUCGAAUGCGCACGUUGUAAUAUCAUCUGCCCAUGUGUUUCACCGAUGAGACGGCCGCUCCUUUGUCAGUCACUGAUGUCUGUCUGCCCGUCGUAAUCACGAAGGACGGCUUCAUCUCGCACACCCAGACGACGGAAGUGGAUCGACGGACAUCAAAUGUCGGACCGUCCUGGAGGUAGGAUUGACACGCCACCGCCGCCCCCUCAUCGGAAUGGAAUUGUAAACGCUUAGAAGCGAGAUAGACAGUGCCUCCAUGCUUCACUUCGCUGUCCAACAUGCAGACAGG